GUCGAUAACUGCAGAGGCAGCGUCCGGGAUGGAUGUGGAUCACCACGAAGCAAGCGGCGAGACCAAAUCGGCCAUUAAUAGUUGGCGUUAUCGCCACCAUUUCACGUACAAGGCAGAUCAAGGGAAGAAUAUCAUCGUCCAGUGUAAUCUGUGCUUGCCGAGGGUCAACCUGCUGUCCACGUCCAAAACCUCCACGUCCAACCUCAAGAAGCAUCUAGACAGAACACACUUGGGCUGCGAAGCCAGGCCGGAUGCCAAGAGGGGCCGCAAGAAAGAGGAGUACAACGGCGAGGAGAGCCGGCACUGCCAGCUCAAGAAGCUCAAGGCGGAAAUCAUCUCCAAGUGCCUGACCCAGGCAAAGAUCGAUGACCUGAUCUUCAACUUCAUCGUGGAGGACUGCCAGUCGUUUUACGUCCUGGAGCAGCCCGGCUUCAGGAAGCUGAUUGCGGGUUUGACUGAGGGGCUAAAGUCCAUGGACAGGGUGACCCUGUUCACUAAGGUGGACCAGGGCUUCUCCAGGAUGCGGGAGGAGCUGAUGUCAAAGCUCAGCAGCAUCCAGUACGUGUGCACCACGGCCGACAUCUGGACGGCCAACAACAGGAGCUUCUUCGGGAUGACGUGCCACUGGAUCGACCCGGACUCUCUGGAGCGGAAGUCCGCGGCCGUGGGCUUCGCGCGGCUGCAGGGGCGGAUCACGUACGACACCAUCGCCGGACGGAUACACGACAUCCACGUGGCCUUCAACAUCGAGAGUAAAGUCCAGACCACAGUCACCGACAACGGCAGCCCGUUCAUCAGCGUGUUCAGGGAGUUCGCCGUGGACGGCCAAGAGAGCGACGACGACAUCGGGUUCUACGAGAACGUGAGCUCGGUUCUGGAGGGCGAGCCGGAGCAGGACAUGCUGCUGUUCCUGCCCACCGUGCAGCGCUGCGCGUCCCACACCCUGGAGCAGAUCGUCACCGAGGACUUCUGGCAGGCCGUGUCCCAGGGGCCCAUGUGCCAGCUGCACUACAGCUCCAUGGCCAAGGUGUUCGCCAUCUGGAGCAAGUGCCACCACCUCCAGGUCGGGAUGGACGCCGCGGAGGAGAUCGGAAAGAUGGCGCUCGUGGUUCCCGCCGUCAUCCGCUGGAACGUGGAGUACUGCGCCGUGCAGAAGAUCGUGUCUCUGAGCGAGCGGGAGCUGACGGAGCUGUGCGCGCGGCUCGAGGUGCCCCGCCUGCAGCCGGAGGAGAUGGCCUUCCUCAAGGAGUACGUGACGGUGUUCCACCCGCUCGCGUUUGCACUCGAACUUUUCCAGGCGGAGCAGAAGUGCUACCUGGGCCUGGUCAUCCCCACCGUGCUCAGCCUGAAGAACAAGCUGAACGAGCAGAAGGACGCGGCGAACUACUUCGGCGAAGUCAUCAACUCCAUCGUGGUGGCCAUCGACGUGCGGUUCCAGGAGCUGUUCGCCAGCACGGAGGCCAAGAUCGCGACGGCCACGACUCCUCAGUUCCGCCUGUGGUGGAUGGCCGCCUCGGAGCGGGAGGAGAUGUGCUCGCUGCUGGCCACGGAGGCCGCCCAGAUGGACCCGUGCAGCGUCACCGAGGCCAACACCAGCCGCAAUCUGUCCACCAUCGAGUCUGAGGACGACUUCUUCAGCUACGGGUCCGUGAAGCCGGCGGUCCAGAUCCAGCAGCGGGGGGUGGUGGACGAGGUCCGCAAGUACGUGGAGGGGACCGGCAAGAGCCUCGAGUGCCUGCAGGACUUCCCCAGAGUGAAGCAGCUCUUCCUCAAGUACAACACCACGCUGCCGUCCACGGCGCCCGUCCAGCGGCUGUUCAGCCAGAAGGGGAACCUGGUCACCUCUCAGAGGAACUUUCUCACCGACGACUACUUCGAGCGCGUCCAGCUGUUGAGAUACAACAGCAACGUGUGCUCUCUAAUCACAGAGUGA